UCGCGGCUGCGGUUGCGCUCGACGGCGGGCGGCGUCGUGAAAGGCCCGUGAAGGACGGCGGCGGUUGCGGGUCCGUGAGGGAGGGGCUGCUCCCGGGGCGUGUCGGUGUCGCGACAGGCGCGGAGCCAUGCCGUUCUGGGAGCUGCAGCGGCAGCUGGGCAUCGAUGUGGACCGGUGGCUGCUGCGGCAGAGCACGGCGCAGCCCUAUGGCAAGGCCGGGGCCUGUCACGCCUUCGAGCGGGAGUGGGUGGAGUGCGGGCACGGCCUGGGACAGACCCGCGCCCGCCGCGAGUGCCAGCCCGAGUACGAGGAUUUCAUGGAGUGCAUGCACCGCACCAAGCUGGCUAUGCGGCUGAGAACCAUCCUCGAGCAGAGGGACAAGAUGAUCAAGGAAGGGAAGUACACACCGCCUGACUACCACAAGGGCAAAGAGGAGCCGCGGCCUUGAUUCGCAGGGGAUGUGGCCGCUGGUCACCCGCAGAGUCAUUGACAUGGAACUCCUCUGGGAAGAAAACCCACGUCACAACUGGGUUACGCUGUAGUGGUGGGAUUGGGGCUGUGUGGGGGCCCUGCCCCUGCUGAAGGGGAGCACCACCACAUCAGGCAUCGCUUGGGCUAGUAAAUGUCUUCGGAACAGCG